AAGAGAAUAAACAUAUCGUCAAACAGCCUUAGCGUGGAAAUACUCUCUGGCGUGGAAGGCGGCGUAAUAUUCUCUCUGGGCGGCACGUCAGUGAAGCAAUAGUAGGCUGUAUUUAGCAUGUCUGGAGAUCAUCUAUAUUCUCUGACUUUUCAACAGCUGAUACUCUGACGACGCUCAGUGUUGACGACCAUCAUCGAAAUCGGAUAUAUUUUUCGUAUUAAUAGUACAACAAUAUUUUGCAGAAUUAAGGUUCAAAAUAAUAGAACUUCUUUAGAUUGAAUUAAGUGCCAAUCGUUAUGGCAUCAGGAGUACUUAAAAAGACCACUGGAUUGACUGGCUUGGCUGUUUCAACUAAUCCUCACCAUACUCUCAAUGUACUUUAUGGUAAAAUAUUAAGAGCACUUCAGAAGAUGCCUGCAGAAUCUGCAUAUAAAAAAUAUACAGAAGAAAUCGUUAAUGAACGAUGCCAAAUUGUAAAGAGUACACCAGAUGUAACAGAACUUGAAAACAAAAUUGGUUGCGGGCAAGUCGAAGAGCUUAUUGUUCAAGCAGAAAAUGAAUUAAUUCUGGCACGAAAGAUGUUGGGCUGGAAACCUUGGGAAACACUCGUGAAAGAAGCUCCAGCUAACCAGUGGAAAUGGCCACCAACCAAGUGAACAAAUAUAAUUGUAGUUGUUUAAAUAAAAAAUAAAUAGUUAAUGUGUAAACUUUAAUUAUAUCUAAUUAGCAUUUGUCAGUACAUUCUAGAAUUUUACAUUGUAGUUAUAACACUAUUCCUCUUCCCCAAUUAUAUUGGAGAGUUUUUGAAUCCACGAGAUGCGUAAUCUGAAGGUAAAACACGAUCAGAUUCCUUUGGAAACCUGGAGUCGCCAGGCAGCACCGAUUUCGAGGAAGUAAGUACUCUCCAACCACCUCUCCUAGUCCAAUCCUUGAAGGAAAGUUUAGAGAAAAAUUAAUGAAAAUUUUAUUGUAUAAAGUAACGAUAAACAGAUACUUACAUUUGCAUUGUAUUUGAAGUAG